UACACAUCCCGGAGUGCUCUUGUUGACCCCUUCAGUCCGGUCUAUGUGAUUUGGCGCUGGGCUGCUGGAGAGAAGCCGAUCAGGCCGUAACAAGCUAAGAAAACCGGGGUGCUUUUGUUAAACCAGAGGAAGAGGGAGCUAGAGAUCGUUACUAUUAAUAUUAUUAUUGUGAAGAAGGCUGCACACAGGAGAGAGUGGGGGGAUGAGAACUGAACAUAUCUGUCUCCAGCGGGGUUUUCACUAAAUGCUCCAGUCCCUACAUUGAGGAAGAGCCAAGCUUUGGGAUUGGGUAGCGACCAGAUAGCGUAACACCCCCUCCUCCUCUGUGUACAGAAUUGCGUUAAAACGAAAAGGAAAGGCCUGCGCUUUAUCAAUAUUACUGGAUUAUUUUUUUUAUUUUUCUGAUUUUUCCCCCCUAUAGAUUAAACGAGGAAACGUUGCUGGCUGGUGUAUGUGUUUAGAAUGGGACACGCUGAAGGUCCAGUCAAAGAAAAAGACAGUUAAGGAUGCAGGAGCCCAACAAUGGAUUUCUCCUUCUCUUUCAUGCAAGGGAUCAUGGGAAAUACAAUUCAGCAACCCCCUCAGCUCAUUGACUCAGCCAACAUCAGACAGGAAGGCACCUGCGACACCGGCAGUGACCCGGGCGAGGAUGGUGGUCCCUCCUACGAUGCUGCCCUGGAUGCAGAGUUCUCCUACCCGCCGUCAGCGUCGGAGGACAUGCAGCAGGUGUCCAACGGCUUUCCGCCUGGUCUGGGCAUGUAUGAGCCGCAGGCCAAGUUUUCCAUGUACUCGCAGUUCCCCAACGGCUCGGCCAAUGGCUACGGGGCCAUACGGAGCUAUGGCGAGCACGGGCUCAUGCCAGGGGAGGGGACGGUCCUGAGAGGCCCGGGUCUCCAGGAGAGACCCUUAUCUCCUGUGUCUCCUCCUCUGCCCACGCAUCACCCACACCUCCACCACCAUCACCACCACCCCCAUCACCAUCACCAUGCGCACCACUUCCACUCGAACCCGCCUCAUAUACAAACCCACCCGCACCCGCAGAGCCCCCCACCACCGCCACUGCCCUCCCAGCACCACCUGCCCCAGACGCCUCACAUCAUGACCCACACACUCCCCCCUCCUCCUCCGUUACACCUGCCUUCAUCCAGUCCUCCCCCCUCACUUGUGGACAGUACACCCUCUUCUCAGCCUUCCCACGCCCCGUCCAACACCCCUGGUGGGGUGCUUAAGAAAACCAGCUCUCCAGAGAUCAAGCUGAAGAUCAUAAAGACGUAUCAGAAUGGAAAAGAGCUGUUUGAAUCUGCGCUGUGUGGAGACCUACUGCAAGAGCUGCAGAAGGAGUCUCAGAAGAACGAGGCCGCUCAGAUGCAGCGCAGACAUGAGAGGAAAAAGGAGAAGAGGAAAAAGAGUGCGAGGCUGCAGCUGCAGGUCCAGGAACAGAGCCUGGACCAGAGCCAAACCCAGGCAGGUACCACCACGGGCCAGACAGAGGACACCCACGUCCAGCCCCAGCUGAGAGAAACACCCCCGGCCCAGACAGAGAAGCCUCAGAAGGCCAUUAUCAAAACUGAACCAAAGACGCCGAAGGUUCCGAAGGUCCAUCAUCCGUCAGUGAUCCAAGAAACGGGCUUCUGUAAGGAGUUCGUGAUAGGAGAUCUGGUGUGGUCCAAGGUGGGCACCUACCCCUGGUGGCCCUGCAUGGUCUCCUCUGACCCGCAGAUGAAGGUCCAUACUCGCAUCAACACCAGAGGUCACAGGGAGUAUCACGUCCAGUUCUUUGGCAGUGUUGCUGAGCGAGCAUGGAUCCACGAGAAGAGGAUUGUCAUUUACCAAGGGAAGCAACAGUUCGACGAGCUUCAGGCAGAGACGCUGCGCAAGACCACAAAUCCUGUAGAGAGACAUAAACUUCUGAAGCCUAUCCCUCAGCGGGAACGUACUCAGUGGGAGGUGGGUGUGGGCCAUGCUGAGGACGCCUUCCUGAUGACGCGACAGGAGCGAAUUGACAACUACACCUUCAUCUACGUUGAUCCCGACCCCAAUGAAGCCCCGCCCAGCAAGAAACCCACCGUCCGAGCUGAGAAACGAAGCCGGCGCUCCAGCGGCUCAAUCGGCAAGAAGGAAGACGGAGGAGUGAAGUCACCGGACAGAGAGCAGCCACCACGAAGGCAACUGCCACGCAGACAGUGUAGUGUAUCAAACACAGACGACAACACAAACUCCCAGGCCUCAAGUGAAGAGAAGAGCCAGAGGGGGGACCAGCGUAAGACCAGCUCCCCAAAACAGAACGCUGGUUGUGAUGCACGGCAGGACUCACCGCCACCGGUCAGGGCCUGGAAAACAGCAGCUGCCCGAAAGCUGCUGCCUCUCUCCAUCACCAUGAAGAGGCUGAAUGUGGAGAUCACAAAGUGUGACUGGCCUCUCCUGCAGAAAAAAGCAGCCGCAUCUCCAAAAAAAGAUGAAGAAGAGAAGGAAGAGAGAGUAGAAAGAGAGGCCAGGCAGCCCGACUUGGGAUACUGCUCUCCUGAGCAGGACAGCAGAGCUAAACCCGAGCCCAGUCCAGAGGAGGAGGAAGAUGGAGAUGAAGGGGAGGAAGAUGGGGAGGAGAGGAGAGGCUCCCCCGCCAGUCGGAGGAGUGAGGAGGGAGGAUUGCAGCCCACAUCCUCUCCUGGAUCACACCACAGUAGUCCACAAGGUUCUCAGGAGAGAAAGCUGCAGCGGCGGUCUGUCAGGAGCAGGUCUGAGUCAGAGAGAGGCAACGAUCCCGUCCCUAAGAAGAAAACCAAAAAGGAACAGGCAGAGAUGGCUCCUGAAACCACACUGAGGACAGGUUCACAGAAAGGUGCCAGUGAGAUCUCCGAUGCCUGUAAGCCCCUGAAGAAGCGAAGCAGAGCGUCAACAGACGUAGAGAUGGCUUCAUCUCAGUACAGAGACACCUCUGAUUCUGACUCCAGAGGCCUCAACGAUCCACAGGGUUUAUUUGGGAAGAGUCUUGAUAGCCCAGCAGCAGCAGAUGCAGACGCUUCAGACACUCAGUCCGUGGACUCCGGCUUGUCCCGUCAGGACAGCAGCACCGGCAAGAGAGACACUGUCUGCCAGAUCUGUGAGGUGUACGGAGAGGGUUUGGUGGUGUGUGAAGGUGACUGUAACAGACAGUUUCACUUGGAGUGUCUUGGUCUGACAUCCCUACCUGAGGGCAGAUUCACCUGUUUGGAAUGUAGAAAUGGCAAUCAUCCUUGUUUUAGCUGUAAAACAGCUGGCCAGGAGGUGACCCGCUGCUCUGUGUUGGGGUGCGGUUGUUACUACCACGAGGAUUGUGUCCGUAAACUUCCGGGCACCACCAGCAGUCCGGGCGGAGGCUUCUGCUGCCCUCAGCACAGCUGCUCUACCUGCUGCCUGGAGAGAGACCUGCAGCGAGCCAGUAAAGGUCGUCUGAUGCGCUGCAUCCGCUGCCCUCUGGCCUACCACACGGGGGACAGCUGCGUGGCGGCGGGUAGCGUCGUCCUCACGCACCACAUCAUGAUCUGCAGCAGCCACAGCAGCGCCAAGAGGAACGGCCUCCUCACCUCCCCCAUCAACGUGGGCUGGUGCUUCCUGUGUGCCAGAGGGCUGUUAGUGCAAGACCUUACUGACACCAUAUUAAGUUCAUAUGCCUAUAAGUCCCACUACCUUCUGACUGAGUCAAAUCGUGCUGAGUUGAAAUUACCUAUGAUUCCCUCUCCUUCGUCAGCUACCAAAAAGAAUGUUGGGAAAGGAGGCAAGUUGCUGUGCUGCGACUCAUGCCCAGCUUCCUUCCACCCGGAGUGUUUGGAGAUGGAGAUGCCGGAGGGCUCGUGGUCCUGCAGUGAUUGCAGGGCAGGGAAGAAACCUCACUACAAACAAAUUGUCUGGGUCAAACUGGGCAACUACAGGUGGUGGCCAGCAGAGAUCUGCAACCCUCGCUUGGUGCCAUCAAACAUUCAGAGCCUUCGCCACGAUAUCGGCGACUUCCCUGUCUUCUUCUUCGGCUCCCACGACUACUACUGGAUCAACCAGGGCCGCGUCUUCCCCUACGUGGAGAAUGACAAGAACUUUGUCACGGGACAGAUCAACAUCAACAAAACCUUCAAGAAAGCUCUGGAAGAAGCAGCGCGGCGGUUCCAGGAGCUUAAGGCACAGAGGGAAAGCAGGGAGGCUCUAGAGCAAGAACGCAACUCACGCAAACCUCCACCCUACAAAUUCAUCAAGUCCAACAAACCAGUGGGGAAAGUGCAGGUGCAUGUAGCCGACUUGUCAGAAAUCCCACGAUGCAACUGCAGACCAACAGACGAGCAUCCCUGCAGCCUCGACUCCCAGUGUCUCAACCGCAUGCUGCAGUACGAGUGUCACCCACAGGUGUGUCCUGCAGGAGACAGCUGUGAGAACCAGUGUUUCUCCAAGCGGCUAUAUGCGGAGACAGAGGUGAUAAAGACCGACGGCCGUGGCUGGGGCCUCAGGACCAACCAGGCUCUCAGGAAGGGUGACUUUGUGACCGAGUACGUGGGAGAGGUGAUAGACUCGGAGGAGUGUCAGCAACGAAUCAAACGUGCCCAUGAAAAUCACGUGACCAACUUUUACAUGCUCACCCUCACCAAGGAUCGAGUGAUAGACGCCGGCCCGAAAGGAAACUCGUCUCGGUUUAUGAACCACAGCUGCAGCCCAAACUGUGAAACCCAGAAGUGGACGGUGAACGGAGACGUUCGCAUCGGACUCUUCACCCUCUGUGAUAUCGACGCCGGCACAGAGCUGACGUUCAACUACAACCUGCACUGCGUGGGCAACAGGAGAACGUCCUGUCACUGCGGAUCAGACAACUGCUCUGGAUUCCUCGGGGUGCAGCCAGUGAGUGCAGUGGUGAUGGAGAAAGAGGAGAAGGCCAGGAACGCCAAGCUGAAGCCGAAGAAGCGGAAGCUGCGGCCGGAGGGCAAACACACGCACGAGUACUUCUGUUUCUGCUGCGGAGAAGGAGGAGAGCUGGUGAUGUGUGACAGGAAGGACUGUCCGAAGGCGUACCACCUGCUGUGUCUCAACCUCACUAAGCCGCCAUAUGGACGUUGGGAGUGUCCGUGGCAUGACUGCAGCGUCUGCAGCGCCCCAGCCUCGUCCCUCUGUGACUUCUGCCCUCGCUCGUUCUGCCAGGACCACGAGGUGGGCGCACUCACCGCCUCAUCCCUAGAAGGCCGCCCCUGUUGCUCCAGCCACAACCCCCUCAGUCCCUUGGGCUCCAACUCUGGCUCGACCCAGCAGCGCCGCUCCGCCCCGAGUCCCGUCAGUGUCAAAGAGGAGCCAGGAGAGGGAUGCAGGCCAGCAGGCCGCAGAGUGACGCCGCGGCUCCCUCAGUACCUCAUUCCCUGUAAAGUGCGCUCCCGUUGGCCUCCCUUGGCUCCGAUCCACCUCUGAUCUGAAGCAGUGCACUACAAAAGGAAAUACAGUGCUUUUUGACCAGUGCAAUGGCUGCUGCUCAGAGCUGACACACACAGAUGAACACCGCAGGGCGACUGGAGUGUCGGCAUGGGAAGCGACCAGGCAUCAUUGUGUGCCGCUUUCCCUUCUCUCUUGCCAUAAAACACCAUCACUAACGCUCUCUACAGUUCGCCUGCGCCCAUCGAAUGGCCCAGACCACCACCUCAUUAUGUUUCUUUUUAUUAUUUUUUAAAUUUUUACAGCUGUGGAAAUUUUAAGUGUUGUCACGUCGUCAGUUACCGGCACUUUGAAGAACACGACGAGUGAGGUGGAGGGAGAGGUAGAGAGGGGGAGGAGAAGGAGGAAGAGGAGGAGAUGUAAGGCUGAACCUCUCCACCACCACGCUGCUCCUCUCCUCGUUUACCUGCUGUAAGCUGUGGUCGGCAUCUCAGACACACACACACACACACACACACACACACCACACACAGGUCGGCUUCACGGAAACGAGGCCAGCCUUUCUCCAUCACUCCUGACGUGACCUGUCAUCGUAUAUUUAUCUCCUCUUCUUCUUGGAGGAGAAGGAGAGGGGGGAGGGUGACAGUUUUAGUGCAAUUUUUUCAGGACCACACUACAUUCCAACCUUCCUUAAACAUGGUUUUAAUAUACUUAUGGGUAUAGAUGAAUAUAAUUAUAUACAGUAUCUAUGUUUGUUAAUGUUUACAGACAGAUUCUCUCACUUCAUCUCGGUGAGUGGUGUAUUAUGUUUGUUUGUUUAGGUGUUAAGCAUUACGCAGACCUCUUGUGAAAAUAGUCCUAUUAAGGUGAAAUAUAAUGGUAUAUAGUGUAAUGGUAUGACAUUACAGAAGUACUUGUGAUUUUCAUAUUGCCAGUCUCACUCGCCAUUGUGUACAUAAUUGGCUCAUGAUAUUGUAAAGUACUUAAAGAUCAGGAGGCGGACGGAGCCUUGCCUCUCUGGUUGUUCCUGGAAGAAGGAAAACGCUUUUUUAAAACAACAAGACAGAUCCUUUUUAUUUUCUUUUUUCAAGAAAAGUUCUGUUCUCACAUUUCCUCCAAACAGUUACUGUUAUUUGUAUUGUAGAUGGAGGAGCCCAGCUUGUGAUCACUGGUGCUGUCUUAAAAGUAUUGUUAACCAGCCUUAAGUUUGACUCUGGCUGUAGUAACUACUGCCCAGAUGCAGUCCAUUUCAGUAACGUUGUGUACUGUGACCGCUAUGAUGCUUGGUUUUCUUUCCUCUUCUUCUUCUUCUUCUGUUUGUUGUUUUGCCAAACUUUUUCUGAAAAGCACUUUCACACGGCUUGUCGCUACACAAUUUAGCUAGGUCAUACAUAUACAGAAAUGUAUAUUAAAAGAACAUAUGACAAGUGUUUCAAAAUGGAUACCUCUUCUUCUCGUAGUAACGUCGGAAUUUAAACUGUGUUGUAACUUUUUUCCUCUUGGUCAGAAACAUGGUGAGUGCUGGGCGUCGUUUUUUUUUUUUUUUUUUUUUUUUUCAGGACAGUGGCCUAAAAGCUGUUGUUUUUGUUUGUUUGUUUGUUUUUUUGGCACAAGUAGAAAUGACUGCCAGCCUGGCUUCGUACAAAAAAAAGUCCUCAGUGUCCUCAAGAGGCACUUCUUUAUUUUCCACCUGGAGAACAUACUCAAGGCUGGGCUUUAUAUAAAGACAUAAUGGUAUAACCACAGUCCAGUCCAGUAUAAUGUACAAAUACAAACUUCUGUACAGUGUUUUUAAUCACUCAUCUGUCAAAUCCAAUUCUUUUGUAUUUAUUGCACCACAUUUUAUACCAAUUUCUUUUUAAAACACCAGUACAGUAAUUUGUCUCCCUCUCUACCACAGGUGUAAGUGAAAUAGACUAUUUAAAAAACAUGGGGAGUUUUACAUAUUAUAUCUGUAUCUAGUCAUUGCAUACAUUAUGGUUUUUUUGUUUGUUUUUUUCUACAUUUGGUGUAAUGAUUCCACAUUUGGUAACUGCUGCUGCUCAUCGACCUGUAUCGUGACUCACUGUAGUUGGUGUUUAAAAGCAGUGUGAAGCAGUUCAAUAUUGGAAUGUAAAGUUUCCCUUUCAGAGCAGUUUUUGUGCUGUUUUAGCCUGGACUCAAGCGAUCGUCACAGGAGAAAGCUUCUCUGUAGUCAUGCCUCAGCUUUUUGCUUGUGAUUCUUCCCUGAUUACACGACUGUUCUUGUCUUUUUUCUUCCCUUGAAAGAUGGUUUUUUAAUUUAAAAGUCGAACCACAGGAUGAAACGGUGCCAAUGUUUCCAAGUCAUUUCAAUUCUUUCAGGGUCUCUUUGAAUAAGUAGAGUAGAUACGUUCUGUUGCCAGUUGAUUAGGUACACCUAGCUAAAACUAAGGCAGGCUAAUACACCAUAAAUCCUACAUUCAUGAGGAUGAUAAUGUUCGGUUUUUAUUUUAACUAUUUCAGACAGGUGUUGAUUCAACUUUAUGAUCAUUUUAGAGAGUGCAGUUUGUGAACGCAUUGUGGUAUAUUAACAGGUGUGUGUAUUAUUCCCAUUUAUACCAGUGAGGGUAGACUAUAAAUAACAGCGACACCUCUUCAACAGCACCAAAAACUAUCCUCCAGGAUGAUCAUACAGUGAAAACCAACAGUUGGGGUGCCUAAUAAACUGGCAGCUGAGUAUAAAUCAUAAGGCUAGAAGCCUAAAGAAAGAUAAAAAAGGAAUGGAGCUACUGAAUGCAGAAAAAUAAGAAAAAUCAGACCUGUUUUAACAUACAAAAAUACUGGAAUAAUAAUUUGCUUGAUAUGAGAGAUAAGUUUCAAUAAUUAAAGUUACAUCUCCUCCUUUAAUCUCAUUGAACAUGCAAAUGCUUAUCAUUUCAAAAGUUUGACAAAAGAUUUCACUUCACUGAAAAGUCCAUUUCUCACUGUGUGUGUGCGAGAGUUUUUAGUAUUUGACCUCCAAACUAGUUGUGACAGCACAAAAUCAUCAUUCAGCCAUCAGCAGAUUUUUUAAAAAACUCUGCACAUACAUCAUUGUGCACAGUGAAGGUCGAACACUGUAGUAAAAUAAUAGUUCAGGACUUCAAUGUGCAAAAAAAUGUGAACAAAUACAGGCACUUAAUAUGAUAAAGAGAGCCAAAAAAGCCUUGGACUUGCUUUGGCUUCUUUUACUGUGUUCUUGAUGCCAUGAAAGCUUGCAAAUGAAAUUUUCUAAUUUUUCUGCAGCUCCUCUCCUUUUUUCUCUUUAUAAUCACUGAUCAUUUUAUGAAGCUUUCUCCCACUGUUUUAUGUGGAUUCCUUACGAAAAAAAAAAGACUAAGCUUGCUGAUUUCCUUGUGCAGCUAAGCCCUGUUCCCUAAUCUUGCCAAACUUUUAUUAUUAUUAACGAUUACUUAUUCUUUAUCAGGUAGGUGCAUAAUUAAGACACUUUUUAUUUACAUACUCCAAACAGUCUGCGUGUCUAAACUUGAAUUUUCUUUAUUUUUUUAACUUAUUGAUGUAUUUUUAUUUUUUAACAUAGGAUUCAUAUAUGUGUGAUUAUCAGACUACAGACUCUUGUGUUUGUGAUUUCAUAAGAAAAUGACUGAUGGGUUGUGAUGACAAAACUGAUCUUAAAGCCUUUUUUCUUUUCUUUUCUUUUUUUUCUUCUUUUUCUUUUUAGGGUGACUGUUGUUCAGUUGAAAUGCAUGCUUCCAACAUCAGACACUGGUUUAAACCACCUCUGUGAUCAGUUGGAGAUUCUUUAAAAGCCUGAUUUUAACACAGAUGAUUGUUUUUCAUCAGUUUUCCUUUUGUUUUUGUUUUUUUAAACAAUAUUGCACAGAGAUUCUGUAAAACCGAGCAGCCUUUAUUUUUUUAUUUUUUGCACCUGCAGAUUACAUGAUCAUUUAUUUCUUAGUGACAGUUUGUCCUCUCCUGCCCUUCUCGGCUGAUGGAGCAGCAGUAUUACGUGCGUCUAAUUUCAACGUCCCAGCGUGAAUCAUUUCAUUCAUUUAAAAUCCUGAUGUAUGUGUUUUUGUUGCUUUAUUCUCAUUAUACUGCCCACGUUUUUAUUUCAGGAAGACAGCACGUUUGUUCUCAUUUAAGUGACCCUUAAAUACAUCUAAAGAGGAUUUUUCUAAGUGUCAAAAAAUGUGUUUAUUAUUAUUAUUUUUAUAUACAAGUAAAUUUAAGAUUGACCACCACCGCCACCCCCUCACACCCCCUCUAUGUCAAAGGGUAUGUUUCUGUUCACUGUGACGUCUUUUGGUUUUUGUGCAAUGUUGCCGACUGUCAUUAAGUUUUUAAUUAACAUGCUGUCAGAGGAGAAAUAGUGUUGGAAUAAAUAAAUAAAUCCACCUUCAUAAGCACUCAUCAUCUCUUUUUACUUGUAGUAAAAUUGCUUACAGUAACUCUAACUGGGGUCAUAUCUAUCUCUCGUGGUGUUGCUUCAAGUAAAACGUGGAUGAACACAAAAUACCAUGUUGAUUACUGUUCAACCUGUGUUAACUGCAUACUGCAUAUUGUUGAAGAACCUGUAAAUAGUUUGCAUUGAACUUGCAUAGAAUCAUGUUACUGUGGCGUGCUCUUUUUGCUUGUACAAUUCUGCUUCUAAAUGUGUGUGACUGUUGAGACGACACUCUUUUUGUACAUGACUGUCUUUUUAUUUGAGAAUAUUGAUUCUGUCCUUUUUUCAUUCUAAAGUUGAGUUUGACGAGUUCAGACAUGCCUGAAGUUUGACUUUAAUAAAGCUGUACUCUGUCUCGGUGAAA